AUGAAGUGGGUACGGUUCAGCGUGCCGACGUGGGCAUCUCGAGGUGAAGACGUGAGACUGACAUGCGACUAUGACCUGGAGGGCGAGCAGCUGUACUCAGUCAAGUGGUAUAAAGCCGGGAGGGAGUUUUACCGAUAUGUACCCGGUGAUUGGCCUCCUCAGCAAUCUUUCUCACUUCAUGGUGUUCAGGUUGAUGAGGUGAGAAGCAACCACAAGAUGGUGACGCUCCGGAAGGUCAACCUCGACGCCGACGGAAGGUACAAGUGUGAGGUACUGACGGAGGCGCCCCUCUUCAAGACACUCGUCAGGUCCUCCAUCAUGCAUGUCGUCGAGCUUCCCAGAGGUGUCCCACAGGUCACGGGUGGUCAGAGCGAAUACCGUCUCGGGGACACGGUCAACCUCACCUGCACUGCCCCCCGAUCCAUCCCCCCCGCCUCCCUCACCUGGUAUAUCAACAACCAAGAGGCCCCACAAGACUACCUGGUGUCCUACCCCUCCCACGUGGACCACGAAGGACGCGUCGAGGCCAAGCUGGGUCUCCUGUUCCGGGCCGAGCGCUGGCACUUCGUCGAGGACAACAUGACCCUCAGAUGCUCGGCCUCGAUCCACAGCCUGUACGAGAAGGAAGUCCUCCACAGCGGCAUUGUGGUGGAGCCGCUGGUGCCCGCGCUUCUCGAGGACCAGAUUUCGGCCAGCACUCUCGCAUUCCAAGAGAGCGCGCGAACUGGAAUAUUCCCAUUCCAGAAGUUUCUCAAGUUACACAACCGCAGAGCCGCCCGCGAGACAUUCACGGGCGUUUCAUAUAUUGAUGGGCGUGAGGAGAGGAGGCGGCGGCUGUGGGCAGCUAUAAGGGCGGGCUUUGUGUUUCAUACAGAGCCUGGAAAUCGAAUACACCACAUCUCGCAAAACCUAAAACUUUUGAACAGUCUAAAAGUGUGA